AUGCAGCUUACACACGCUCUUAUUGCGGCUCUGGUCACCGGCGUCUGGGGCCAUGGCGUGGUCCAGGACCCCGAGCCUCGCACCACCGGUGCCAAGCAGGAGGAGCUUUGCGGUACUGCCGUCACCAACCAGCUCGAGAGUGACGCUGCCGGUCCCAUCGAGAACGCCAUGAAGGUCGCCGACGCCGACUACAAGUGCAACGCUUUCAUGUGCCGCGGGUACCAAUUCGAGGACAACGUCGACAACGUCAAGGCCGUCACCGCCGGAGAGGUCAUUCCUUUCCACAUCGACCUUGUCGCUGGCCACAGACCAGGCCACGCCAACAUCUCCGUCAUUGACCUCGCGACCAACACCGUCAUCGGCGAGCCCCUCAUCUCCUGGGCCGACUGGCCGACCGAGAACCCGGACCCCCUCGCUGACACCGACUUCAACGUGACCAUCCCUGAUACUCUGUCCGAGUCCUGCAACGAGGGUGGCAAGUGCGCUAUCCAGUGGUACUGGUACGCCGAGACCAACAAGCAGACCUACGAGAGCUGCAUCGACUUCUACGUCCAGGCUUCGAAUGGCACUGGUGCUUCGAACCGGACCAGAGCCGUUUACCGGAGAUUCUAA